AUAAUCCACGACAUAGGUUCGUCUGCAACGUUUGGAAAUUCCAGCAACUCCCCCGAAACGGACGGCGCAUACGUAAUCCCAUCUGCUAUGCUGAAGAAAGACGGUUUUGUACUAGCCUGGGAAUUCUUCGCCUCUAAACUUGGAUCCAUUCAGUUACAGGUUUACCGUCCCAACUGUUCCUCGCUCGACAGCUAUUUCUGCCCGAGAAAUUAUUCCUGUAUACCCAAGGCAGACUCCUGUGUCGACUCCAGUCUAUUCAGUUGUCCUGGGAACAAGAGCAUCUGCGUAGGAACUGGUCACUGUUUGUCUACUUGUCAAGGACCGAACAAAUCAUUUCUGGCCAUUUCGUCUCCUGUGACCGACUACGUCGUCGUAGCAGAAACUGUGGUGAACAUCACAAAACUCGGCAACAAUCUUUUCCCUCUUGCUUCCCAGAAAGCCAUCGAAGUGAAAGCUGGUGACGUCAUAGGAUGGGUUGGAAACGGUUCUUCUGGGACGCUGGCCUUUGAGAAAACUAUUAAUGACCCAUCGUUCUAUUUUUCUAGUUCAUCGUCCAGUUUUGCAGUAGGAAGCGAUUUGACAAAAGGUAGCGCCACUCGGCACGAAAUCAAACAUGUUCUGCGGGCUCAUGUUUCUCAGCCCUCACAAGCAGCGGUUGUUGUGGAAUAUACCCAAGCAGGAGUUUACAAUGUGUCGGUUUCUGUGGGAAAUGUGGCUGAAAGUGAACUGAGGAGUUGCAAAAUUACCGUGCAGGAGCGCAUCGAAAGUCUCCGCAUUGUAGAGCCCUUGACGAACAUAAGUUAUCCCAAAGGAGAACAAAUUAUUCUGACGAGCGCUGUGGACAAAGGAAGUGACAUAAACUAUACGUGGACCACAGACGGGGCAACGUACGACGUAAAAAACCCUAAAGUACUUUACAACAAUACUGGUUUUUACCCAGUCUUGCUCUACGUCCACAAUGCAAUCAGUUCUGCACACGCUUCUUCAGUAGUUAGGAUACUCGAACCAGCGUCAGUAGCUUGGAGGGAGAAACCGCCGACCAAGAUUGACGUUGGCGCACAAUUCAACUUUUCUGUGGUCCUGAAUGGAACAAACGUCACUUUGACUGUAAAAUUUGAAGACGGCUCUAAUUAUGAAAAGUUUUAUACUUCUGCCCUGAAUACUGUUGUGAACAUUACGCACAAUUAUACCAGAGAUCGAGAAUACGAAAUUUCAAUCGAAGCCCGGAACAACAUAUCGUCUUCCGCAGCGCUUUUAAAGUUCUCACUGAAGGUUGUUGGAGACAUCUCAAUACGGCUGGACCCGCCAGCAAAUGCCGACAAAGUUCUUCAUGUUUCUACCGGACAACUUUUUGAAAUUGAGGUCUCCGUAUCAAAUGAGCAAGAGGUGAACUACACAUUUACAUAUGGCGAGUCGGCUUCUGAAUCUGUUCGUACCGAGAAGGGUUACACAAAAUGGUCCCACAAAUACGACACCCCGACUGACUUUAACAUCUCCAUAAAAGCAAGUGGAUAUUCUCAGAGUAAAUUUGUGCAUGUCAUAGCCAACUCCUGUGCACCAGCCAUAAAUUUUCUCAACAAGUAUACAGAAAAAGAUCCACAAAUUGUUACCCGAGGCACUACCAUCAACUUUUUAAAAGUUAAUGUGGAAACGAAGAAGGAAUGUCCGAAGGGUGAGCCUGUUUAUUCAUGGGACAUUACUCCAUCACAAGCCAUUUCUGAGGCUGAAAAGAAGAAAGAAUCUUUCGUGUUUGAAGCCAGAAGCCUAGACACUGGAGACUAUACUAUCACAUUGAACGUAAGCUACAAUGGUGAAAAAUAUCCGUUCAAAACAUUCAUUCGGGUGGUGAGCUCACCGCUUGUAGCAUAUCUAUCCGGCGGCAGCUUUCGACAAGUAGAUUCGAAUUUAACUCAGCUGACAUUGAAUGCCUCUCAGUCUUUCGACCCGGAUGAUAAAGAUAUUAAGUUAAAUUUCAAAUGGCAGUGUAAAGUCGAGAAUAACUCUUCACCAGCAGUUCCAGAUGAACUUUGCAAUUCAACAGAGUUCGUGGACAUAAUUGACCAAGAAAGUAACGAAACCAUAAAAUUACGUACAAACAAGUUUCGGACGAAUGUGAAAUACACUUUCCAGGUGAACGUAACCGAGAAAGCAAGUUCACGUUCAUCCUCUGCACAACAAAUAGUGAUGCUGGAGCCCAAUAUCCCACAACUGGAAAUAAGGUUAGUUGGUUCUUUCCAGUUGAAUUCGAUCCUAAUAUCUCUGCCUCAGCGAAAUCAAGUUCGAAUCCUUUCCGUGACGAUUGAAGAAGCUUGCUGUUUUUUUCACUUCAGUCCACAAGAGGGUUUUGCGGCGGAAACCCCGUUCAAGAUCAACUGUAAAAACUGGGUAACCAUAGACAACCCAAUCUCGUACGAGUUUCGUUACAAAACCAAGAUAGACAACUUAGCUCAGAUUAAUUCAUUAUCGUCGGAGUCACAGGCAAAUCAGGUUUGGUACUUUGGGGAGAGAUCUACUCCAUCGAGAGUGUUACCUAUCGGAGAUCCAAAGAAUGGUUUCCAACUCCAGCUAUCUGCACGUAUUUGCAACAAGUAUCAAUGUUGUGCCACUUUUCCACUAAACGCCACGGUGAUUUAUCACUAUCUGUUUCCCUAUUUUGGUGCCCCAGCGGCGAUAUCGAUUAUUCGUAAUCUCUUUCAGGUUGAAAGUGGUUUGAAUAUCCCAAAAAAUGACGUGAAAUGUAAAAACGUAGAUCCCGUAGAAUUGUCAGAGGAGGAACAAAAAGUGAAAAAACCGGAGACGGGGCAAAUAGAUAAAGCUAUUCAACAACUGGAGGAAGUGGAUGCCAAGAAAGACCCCAAAAAGGUCGUCCAGGUGGUGAACUCUCUGAUAUCCAUCAUAGAUCAAGGCAACAAGUCGGAAACUACAAAUAAAGGACAGCAAACUAAGGAAAAAUCGAAGCUGGUCACUAAACUUUCGGAAGUCGACAUAACGGAUACAUCACUGGCUCAACAGACCAUUGGUGCUUUGAUAAAAGUCACCAAAGACAAAACGGAAGUGACGUCAAAUACUCAAAACCAAGCAGCAGGAAUUGCAAAAGGAGCAGCCUCUGUCUUAAAGGAAUCUGCCAAAAAUCUGGGCGCAGUGAAGGUUGAAGAAAUAGCACGAGAGAUUUACACGGCGUCCUCAAACACGUUAGAAGCCAGCAAAGAAACUACAGCUGAUUACACUGCUCAGCGUAAGGAAUAUCGUAACUGGGUCAAUCUGCUAGUUAGCCUUCCGAAUCCCGAUGUCGUCCUUAAAGAUGCAAAUGACAAAGACCCUGUUGACUUAGAGUAUACCACAAUGGAUAACAUUUUCCGAUCCGACGAAACGAGCUCACCGUAUAUUACUAAGAUACAAGGUUUCGCCCUAAAGCAAGGAAAGCGAGAGAUCAAAAUACAAAAUCUCACCGAUGAUCUUAAAGUCAACAUACUCACCGAUUUGAAAAGCGUGUCUAGCCGCUUCAGCGAACAGUUCUCAGCCGACACGGAAAAAAGUCAUCGUUUCCAGUCUCCACCCGGUCAACCGUACACGCCACUGCUAGUUUACGUUAAAUCGGACGACAACACAACCUUAACUGGCCUGCUUCAUAUCACUUUUGAAGGAAGAACGUCUAGCAAGUACAUGCUUCGAUUCUCUCCCACGUUCCCUGAUGAGGACGUCUCUGCAACUUUUCGGAAAGUCGACAACUUUACUUACAUGGCCUGGGGACUACCUCAAAGACCUGUCUAUUUCAACUUGACUGUCAAGGUACCUGGGCUGCUUGCAGAGGAAAAACCACGUGUUGUGAAUUACACAGUGGCCAUUUAUCCUGUGCGAUGUAUGUAUUGGGGUAUGGAGGAAAAGAAAUGGCUUGAUGAGGGAUGCAAGGUUGGUGAGGCGACUUCAAUCGCUGCCACAAACUGCCUGUGUAACCACGCCACUUUUUUUGGUUCCCUGAACGUAAAACCUAACCCUAUUGGUCCUCUGUCAUACGCCAAACUUAAAGAUGGGUAUGCCAUGCUGGUGUUUGUCAGCAUCAUCUUUGCGCUGUAUUUCCUAGCCCUUAUUUGGGCAAGAAGGAAAGACAGAGCUGACGUCGUUAGGGUUGGUGUCUGUCCACUACGGGAUAAUGAGCCCUCAGACCCGUACCGUUACGAGGUGACUCUAUGGACGGGCAUGCGCCGUAAUGCUGGCACUAAAUCCAAAGUCAGCAUUAUACUGUACGGUGACGAACAGGACAGUGAGGCGCGCGCUUUGCAUGAUCCUGAGAGAAACCCUUUUCAACGUGGUAGCCAGGACUCGUUUCUUCUGACCACGCCCUUUGACUUAGGCUCCAUUCAUUACAUCCGGGUGUGGCACGAUAACGCAGGUGGCUCGUGGUUUCUGAGUCGAAUUAUGGUGAUUGAUCUACAAACAGAGGAGAGAUUUUACUUCAUCUGUAACAGGUGGCUGGCUGUGGAUGAGGAAGAUGGCCAGGUUGAACGUCUCGUUAUGUUGGCCAGUAAAGCGGAGCUUACAGAGUUUGGUCAUCUAUUUGUUGCCAGAACGCGCCGUAACCUUAGCGACAGUCAUCUGUGGUUCUCAGUCCUCGCCCGUCCAGCCGGCAGUCGAUUCACGCGAGUACAGCGGUUGUCCUGUUGUCUGUGUCUUCUACUUAUGUCAAUGAUGACCAGUGGUAUGUACUACGGCCCACGAGGCGACCCCUCCAACACGCAGCAAAUUGGCUCCAUUGUUUUCACCUGGAAUCAGGUGCUGGUCGGGAUCGUUUCGAGUCUCAUAGUCUUCCCAAUUAACCUGAUAGUGGUGCAGAUCUUUCGCAAUGUCCGACCUAAACCAAAAGUCAAGCCGAAAAAGCCACCUCCCACCCCUUGUCUGCCGACUCUUUCCUUUGAUAAGGACAGCCUGGACAAUUACAAUAACCUGAAAGAAUCGUCGGACGACUCUGCUAAGGGAUCGAGAAACAGUCUAGAUUUCUCACGAGAAAAGAACAACAAGACUCGGUUGUCAAUUAAUGAUGUGCAUACUGACGUGGACCGCACAAGUUUUACCGACAGCCCACUGCUGAUUGAUCGUAGGCUCAGUACCACAUACGACAUCGCUCCUACGUCCCGUGCACGCCGCUUGCUGUUGUGGUUCAAGAAGAAAAACACGUUGCCUUUUUACUUCGUGUACGUGGCAUGGUUUUUCGUCUUCAUCUUCUCAGCUGGGUCAGCCGCUGUAAUUGUAUUUUACGGCAUGGAGUUUAAAAACGAAAAGUCCUUGCAGUGGUUAUUUUCGUCCUGUGUGUCUUUUGUUCAAGAUGUGUUCAUCACUCAACCCCUCAAGGUGCUCGGUUUGGCAGUAUUCUUUGCUCUGGUCGUUAAAAAGCCAGACAAAGGUGAAUUUCAGGUAACUGAAGAGGUGCUCAAACUCGCCGAGGAUGAAGAAUUUCUCGGCCAACAAUCGGACCUCAACUCAGGAGGAUCAAAGACAAAGAAAGCGAAGCUUUUCCCUCCAGACCAAGCAAGACUGAUUGCUAUGAGAGCAGCGAGAAUGAAGGAACGAAAGAUGUAUUCUGUCAUUCGCGAGGUCGCCACUUACUACAUAUUUCUCGCCCUGUUGCUAACGAUCGCUUACACGCACAGAGACAAAUCAGCUUACUUCCAGACGAAACACCUUUUCGAUAUUAUGGGAGAUAACUUUUCCAAAAUAACAAAUGAAAAAGAGUUUUGGAAUUGGACUCAAAGUGAGCUCUUGACGAGCUUGUUCCCCAAGAAAUGGUACAACGGCGAAGAACGAAAACCCGAUGGGUUCAUGGUGGAUGGCUACAGUCAGAUGGUGGGCGGGGCAAGGAUGAGACUCCUCAGAGUAAAAAGAGAAUCCUGCCGGGUUCCAACCGAGUUGUAUGGCAUCACAAAAGAAUGCUACGGAGAAUAUUUUGUGACCAAGAACGACAAGAAUGAUUACACAGAGGGAUGGGAGAACAUCACUACAUACGACACUCCAGUGUCUUGGGAUGACAUGCCGUGGAGAUAUCAAAACAGCAGUCAGCUUGAUGGGUACCCCUUCUUGGGCACUCUGACCACUUACAGUGGAGGAGGGUACGUAAUUGUUCUUGAACCUGGGUUGGAGAACUUCAGACGUGUCAGAGUCCUUGAGAAAAAUAUGUGGAUCGAGCGGCGCACACGGGCUGUGCUGACUGAAUUCACAAUAUACAAUGCACAGAGUAACCUGUUUUCUAUUGUUACUCUGGCGGCAGAAUAUCCCGCCACUGGCGCGGCUAUUCCCUACGUUAGCAUCCAGACUGCGCGCCUGUACGACUUUAACAAGACCAUCAUGCUCUUUGUAUUAACGAUCGAGGUCGUGUUUGUGUUGUUCACGUUGUUUUUCUUUUAUCGUGAAGUGAAACAUAUUUACAAACUUGGAAUCCAGGCUUACCUGAAAGAGUUUUGGAACUGUGUGGAGAUGGGGAUCAGUUUGUUUACCUUCGCUGCCAUAGCGAUGUAUGUUUACCGCACGCUCACCAUUAGAAAUGUGUUGGAUUUAGUGCGACACGACCCUUUCAACUUCAAGAGCUUUCAGUUCGCAGGGUAUUGGAACGAGACGUACACGUUUGUCCUGGCUAUGAUCGUUCUCCUAGCAAACAUUAAACUGAACAAGCUCCUCCGGUUUAACAAGCGGUUCUCGCUCCUGUCCUCCACACUUAAGUACGCGUACUACCCAUUGCUGAUGUUCAGCAUUGUCUGGGGCAUCGUCUUUCUCGCUUACACGAUGUUCGCGUCGUUAGUGUUCGGACCCGUUCUGUACAACUACCGCAGCAUCAUGGCCUCGCUGACGUCUCUGUUAAGCCUUAUGCUGGGAAGGACUGCCUACUUUGAGAUGCGUGACACCAAUCGCGUCCUCGGUCCUCUUUUUUUCUUCGGUUUUAUGUUCAUGAUGUCGUUUGUGCUCAUCAACAUGUUCCUUUCCAUCGUGGUGGACUCGUUCAUCGUCGUCAAGCACGACAAUGACAAGCAAUCGAACGAAUAUGAAAUCGUCGACUUCAUCAUCGAGCGCUUUAAGCUAUGGUCGGGAAUCGGAAAGACUCGGAGACCACAGAGUCGAGGCAAGGUCCUUUGGGAGACGGCUACGUCUCGUGUCAAAGCCGUCAACGUGCUUACCAAGAGCCACCUAACCUCAGAUGUCGCAGGUCUGCACGAAGAUUCAGUUUCAAAGCUGGAGAACCGACUUGAAAAACUUAUUGAUCGAACUGAAGAGUUGUAUGGGGAGAUUUUCCCUGAGAAGAAAUACAAAAACUCAGGGAAGACACGGGGAAGGGUUGAAAAAGGAGAAGUGCCUGUUUCUAAGGGGGAUAUACUUGAGGGGCAAACUGGCUGACAGAGGAAACACAAAGUGGUCUCCAAGGGUGGUGUUUGUAAAAUAUCUCUUUAAGAUGAAGCGUAGUUUGAUCGUUACUAAAAAUGGACAAAGAUUUUAAAUUCCUCUACAAAGUCUUUUAAUACCGACGUACUUGAAUAAUCAGAUGAAAUCAUCUAUAAAAAUCGUGGUCUUAUGAUGACUUCUUAUGAGAUUCAAGGUCUUUUUUAACGCAUUAAAUCAGCCCAAAUGUUCUCAAACCUUUGCUUUUAAAUCAAAAGAUCGACCAGUUUGAAAUAAAGUACAGUACUCAAACAGAUUGCAUAAUCUCGGCAGUAAAGAUAGUUAAGAACGGAUGAAACAACUUAAGAUCUCGCUGCAGGAAGAUUUAAGAUAUUUAAAUUCUAAGAAUAGCGUUUCAAAGUACUUCAAAUAAAUCCUCGGCUAAAAAAUAGUUUAGAUCAAUGCCGAGGACUUUUUGAUUAUCGAAGGUAAUCUAGUAUUGCACUAGUUUUCCUUCUUUUCCAUCUGCUGAGGCCUGCUAACUAUGCGUUUUGAAUGCCUCGAUUGGCCAAUCGAUUUAGCUAUAGCAUGGUUUAUACUUUCGGAAAACCAAUGACCCUUAAAUUGUAUACAAAUUGUAUACAAAUUGCCGUACGUGUAGAGUGGUCAGUUGCUAGUGCUCUUUGUAUAUAAUUGAGAGGUUUUCAUCAGUGUUUUGAUUUAGAAUAUACUGUCGCGAAAAGUGCAACGCGAAGUUAAGAUUAGAUACCAGAAUAUAAAGAAACUUUUUUCGUGGAAUUUCCAACCACUUUACUUAAUUAAAUACCAGUCACUGCAGCCCACAACGACACAGCGCUUUACGCAUCUCAAAAUUCAAAACGAUUCUACACCUUAUUUAAUUGUUUUCCAUUACAAUUUCAACCUUCUGUUUUUACAAGUUAUUUGUAAUAAUUAAUUUUAUUCUACAUGUUAAAAUGUGAUUUUCCAUUAAAAACAGUUGAUUGACAA